CGAUACAAAGAGAGGCAAUAGAGGCGACAUCACCACAUAUAGACAGCUAACAUACGUCCACACCUAGACAUAUAAAGGACUACUUUGGUCGACCCACGAUCGCCAUCCCCCUUCCGAUCGAACCCGCCACAACAAACCACUACGCCGCCCGCUCGGAUCGAGCAAACUUUUAAUCGAUCCAGCCCCGCAGCGACGACGCACACCCAUAGGCAACCUCCAUAUAAAGGCCUAGGACGACGACUCGUAUAGACGCCAGUAGCCCAAAGACAGGCUCGAUAUAGUCACGACAUCCUCCCUGCCGCGCAAAACAUUACGCAGCAGUGUUUAGCUUGGCAAAUCGACACAGCAAAUCUCUAUCAUAAUUCAGACCGAAUCUCCAUAAUCUCGUUUUCGCACCGCAUCACAUCAUAUACCCUGUGCUUUCAGAGGCAAUAAUCAGCCACAACACGAUCACAUUCACUUGCACAUAGCAUUAUAUCGACCUUCGAAAACGAUGAUAUUCACAACAAUCGCCCCACUGGCAGCCAUCCUGCUCGCCUCGACCCCCUCCACCGCCUCUCCCACUCUCGGUCGGGCCACCCCUUCCAUCCCCGAAUCCCGAGCGACCAUCCCUCUGAACCACAACCACGCUUACCACGCCCGUCGAUCGAACCCGGACCUCGAAGUCCGUCAAGCUUGGUUGAAGAACGAGGCUAGGAACCUGAGGCGCAAGUAUGCAAACUUGUUGGAUGAGCGUGGACAGGGGUUGAUGAGGCGAGAUGAUGCUCAUCUGGAGAUCAUCAAGCGUGAUCUUCAGGCUCGUCAGUCUACAUCGACUUCAUCGCAGGAGGGAUCGCAGAAGGGAGAAGAAUACUUGAUCGACGUCGGGCUCGAUGCCAGUUACACGGGAACCCUUUAUAUGGGUACCCCGGCACAGGAGUUCGAGGUCAUCAUGGACACGGGGAGUUCGGAUCUGUGGUUGGCCGAUUCAGAGUGUACGAGUCAGACUUGUCAGGGAGUUAGUUCGUUCAACGAGGGGGCGAGCAGCACCUUGAACAUGUUGAACACGCCUUUCCAGAUCACCUACGGGUCGGGUGCUGCCAACGGUACUCUCGCCCAAGAUACCGCCAGCAUGGCUGGAUACACCGUCGAGUCUCAAACUUUCGCCCUCGUCACCCAAGCCUCGGAUGACCUCCUCACCUACCCUUACUCGGGUCUCAUGGGUCUGGCUUGGGCUCGAUUGGCUUCCUCCCGUUCGACCCCCUUCUGGCAACAACUCGCUCAGACUGGACAGCUCGCCACCCCUGCCAUGGGAUUCUACCUGGCUAGGUAUAGGGGUGACCAGUAUGCGACCCGUGUCGAACAGGAUGGAGGUCUCAUGACCCUGGGUUACCUGAACCAGACGCUCUACGAGGGCAACAUCACCUACGUUAGCAUUGCGGACGACGAGAAGGACUAUUGGAGAAUUCCUAUUGGAGGGAUCAGGAUCGGAGACACCGCCAUCGGGAUCGCUCAAUCCAACGGAGAUGCUCCUAGCGCUGCGAUUGACACUGGUACUACCUUGAUUGGAGGUCCUUCCAGCGUUGUCGACUCGCUGUACGCGGCCAUUCCCGGUUCACGUCCGGCCACUCUACCCGGUUACGAGGGAUACUACGAGUACCCUUGCAGCACGACCAUCAACAUGAGGAUGGUCUUUGGGUCCGUGAGCUACCUGAUCUCCGAGGCCGAUUUCAACCUCGGCGCCUUCAGCCAGGAUUCGCAAUACUGCAUGGGAGCCAUUUUCGCUCAGGAUCUCGGCUCGCAAGCCCCGAUCCAGUGGAUCGUCGGAGCCACUUUCCUCAAGAACGUCUACUCAGUCUUUUCCUACGAACCCGCCGCGAUCGGGUUCGCGGCAUUGGCUGGAGAGGCGUCAACCGCGACGACGGCUUCCGGGGCCAACGCUUUGCCUUCUUCUACUGGAUCGCCCGCCUCAGGGACGUCCGGUUCGAACGGCGCGGCUAUGAUCGGGACGCCCAACGUUUCGAGCUUGGUCGGAUUGGUCUUGAUCGUGCUCGUUGCUUGCAUCAGCGCCUAGUCACAGCUCGAUAUCAGCAUCGACAAGAUCAUCUUGAUACCCUAUACAACAUUGCAUGCUAGACAUAUACCUCUUUUGCUGCUAAAGCAUGGUAGCACACAUCAGUCUCGAAAAUCCAUUCACAUGGGUGCGAUACCUUUCGCAUGACUCUCACACUUACACUGUAGCAAUAGUUAUAAAUUUAUGAAUCGAAUGAAACACGUCAUCUUUG